AUGGGAAUCCACGAAAGUGUGUCGAAACAGUUUGCGAAAAACGGACAUUCCAAGUACCGCAGCGACCGAUACGGCUUACCUAAGACGGAUCUGCGACGAUGGACGUUCCACGCGUCCGAUCUGGGGGCGCAAUGGUGGAAGUAUGACGAUACCACACCGCUGGAAGAGCUGGAAAAGAGGGCUACCGACUACGUCAAAUACUCGCUGGAGCUGCCGGGAUACGCGCCCGUGACUCUGGACUCCAAGCCCGUGAAAAAUGCCUACGAAGCGGCUCUCAAAAACUGGCAUCUGUUUGCGUCGCUGCAAGACCCCGACUCCGGCGCGUGGCAGAGCGAAUACGACGGACCGCAGUUCAUGAGCAUCGGCUAUGUGACGGCGUGCUACUUUGGCGGCAACGAGAUCCCCACGCCGGUCAAAACCGAAAUGAUCAGAUACAUUGUCAACACAGCCCACCCAGUUGACGGAGGCUGGGGCCUUCACAAAGAAGACAAGAGCACCUGCUUCGGUACCAGCAUCAACUACGUGGUCCUGCGACUACUGGGCCUGUCACGGGACCAUCCGGUCUGCGUCAAGGCGCGCAAAACGCUGCUCACCAAGUUUGGCGGCGCCAUCAACAACCCCCAUUGGGGCAAGACCUGGCUGUCGAUUCUCAAUCUCUACAAAUGGGAGGGUGUGAAUCCGGCCCCUGGCGAGCUCUGGCUGUUGCCCUACUUUGUUCCUGUUCAUCCGGGCCGAUGGUGGGUCCAUACCCGGUGGAUCUACCUUGCCAUGGGCUAUCUGGAGGCUGCGGAGGCCCAAUGCGAACUCACUCCGUUGCUGGAGGAGCUCCGAGACGAAAUCUACAAAAAGCCCUACUCGGAGAUUGAUUUCUCCAAACAUUGCAACUCCAUCUCCGGAGUCGACCUCUACUAUCCCCACACCGGCCUUUUGAAGUUUGGCAACGCGCUUCUCCGACGAUACCGCAAGUUCAGACCGCAGUGGAUCAAAGAAAAGGUCAAGGAGGAAAUUUACAACUUGUGCCUUCGAGAGGUUUCCAACACACGACACUUGUGUCUCGCUCCCGUCAACAAUGCCAUGACCUCCAUUGUCAUGUAUCUCCAUGAGGGGCCCGAUUCGGCGAAUUACAAAAAGAUUGCGGCCCGAUGGCCCGAAUUUCUGUCUCUGAAUCCGUCGGGAAUGUUUAUGAACGGCACCAACGGUCUCCAGGUCUGGGAUACUGCGUUUGCCGUGCAAUACGCGUGUGUUUGUGGCUUUGCCGAACUUCCCCAGUACCAGAAGACGAUCCGAGCGGCGUUUGAUUUUCUCGAUCGGUCCCAGAUCAACGAGCCGACGGAGGAAAAUUCCUAUCGAGACGACCGCGUCGGAGGAUGGCCCUUUAGUACCAAGACCCAGGGGUAUCCGGUCUCCGACUGUACUGCCGAGGCUCUCAAGGCCAUCAUCAUGGUCCAGAAUACGCCUGGAUACGAGGAUCUGAAGAAACAAGUGUCUGACAAGCGGAAACACACUGCCAUCGAUCUACUUUUGGGAAUGCAGAACGUGGGCUCGUUUGAACCGGGCUCUUUCGCCUCCUAUGAGCCUAUCCGGGCGUCGUCCAUGCUGGAGAAGAUCAAUCCGGCCGAGGUGUUUGGAAACAUCAUGGUGGAGUAUCCGUACGUGGAAUGCACUGAUUCUGUUGUUCUGGGUCUCUCCUACUUUCGAAAGUACCACGAUUACCGCAACGAAGACGUGGACCGAGCCAUCUCUGCUGCCAUUGGAUACAUUAUUCGAGAGCAGCAGCCUGACGGCGGCUUCUUUGGCUCCUGGGGCGUGUGCUACUGCUACGCUCACAUGUUUGCCAUGGAGGCUCUGGAGACGCAGAAUCUCAACUAUAACAACUGUUCCACGGUUCAAAAGGCGUGCGACUUUCUGGCGGGCUACCAGGAAGCAGAUGGAGGCUGGGCCGAGGACUUUAAGUCGUGCGAGACCCAGAUGUACGUGCGCGGACCCCAUUCGCUGGUCGUGCCUACUGCCAUGGCCCUGUUGAGUUUGAUGAGUGGUCGGUAUCCCCAGGAGGACAAGAUUCAUGCUGCGGCCCGGUUUCUCAUGAGCAAGCAGAUGAGCAACGGUGAGUGGCUCAAGGAGGAGAUGGAGGGGGUGUUUAACCAUACUUGUGCCAUUGAGUAUCCCAACUACCGGUUUUAUUUUGUCAUGAAGGCUUUGGGGUUGUAUUUCAAGGGAUAUUGCCAGUGA